GUCAGUCCGGAUCGGGCGCUCGGUCAGCCGAGACUACUUGUGCCAAGUGUUCCCCCAAAAUUCGAUCCCGAUUUGUCGAGCCGGUAUUAACGCAACGUGUCGUCUUUCCAUGCGGCCCGUAUCUACACGAGUAUAUUCGAGUGAAGUGUCUACUCCAUCCCGAGAGUUCAUCCCUCUCCGGCACCCUGUCUCUCGAUCCCUCGUCCUCGACCACUGUUCCCCGUGUUCCCGUGUCGCCCUCGGUUGAGCCGCGAGUUUGAUGCACGAGCACGGGCCACGGAGCCGCGAAACCCCGUGGAACUCGACGAAAUCGAAUCGAGCACAAUUAACGAUAGUGCCCUCCCCCCGGGAGUCGAAGGUAAUUUCAUCGGAUGCCUGAGAUCCAGCAGGGAGUUCGGAAGAGAAACACCGGAGCACCAGUUAUCGAUCGGCACCGACUGAGAGCAACGUACAGAAACCUUGUUCGAGGAGAUUGCAGUGACGCCAGGGAACAUUGUGUGUCGAUCGAACCGACAAGGAAAGUGUCGUGUUUGCGAGGACUGUCACUGAAAGUAACCCGUAACGCAAGAUUUUCGUGAAAUAAAACGAACAGUGCGGAUUGGAAAGUGUUAUUUACGUUAAAAAGAGAGUACAACGAGCUUCGAGGAUCAAUAAAGAGUGGGAAACGGUUCUCGAUCGAGCUGGAUCAAUUGAUUUUCGGACGAAGAAUCGUCGAUCUCUCGAGUGUGUGUACGUGUAAUGCGCCGAUUUCUUCGAUGGACGCGCGUCGAAGAUAAUCACACGUAACCUCACCCAGGACCGCCAACUUCUAAGGGGGUCCACGCCAUAACUUUCCUCAGGAUAAUGAGAAGCCUGGAGAGGUUAUCAGGUAGCGAUCAAGACUGCGAUCAGGAGAUGUAUAUCGACCUGGACGACGCUUCCGUCGACUCGCUUACCGGAAAACGAAGUCGGCACCAUGUGGUUGGCGCGGAGGUGGGUGAGGAGAGCGACAGUAGUGGCAGCGAGAGAAGUCCGAAACAAGCGAAAAGAAGAAAUCGUGGAGGACCACCGACGACAAGGAGACGAAAAAGUGGAAUUUCCGCGCGGGAAAGGAACCUGAGGAGGCUUGAGAGCAACGAGAGAGAAAGAAUGAGAAUGCAUUCCCUGAAUGAUGCUUUCGAGCAACUGCGCGAGGUGAUACCGCACGUAAAAAUGGAAAGGAAGCUCAGCAAAAUAGAGACGCUUACGUUGGCCAAGAAUUAUAUAAUGGCUCUGACAAACGUCAUAUGUGAAAUGCGCGGCGAAGAGCAACCAUACACUUUCGUCGACGGCGAAUGCGGCUCUAGCAGCGGCGACAGCACAGGUCAACUAGAGCUUAGCGGCGGCGAGCAACCCGAAGAGGCGUCCCCUGCAUCGAUGCACGAGACCAACAACAAUAGUUUGCUCCACGAAGAUUUAGAGCGCAGGAUACCGUAGCUUGCUUAAUUACGUCUAAUGUUGACCGAUGCUCUCCAUGGCGAUGCUCGUGUUCGACGAGACAAGCCCGUAAAAGUCGCCUUCCCUGAACGGAUCGCGGAAAGAAGAAUACACGGAGUGAAUCUCGGAAGAAAAAGAAGAGACGAACGGAUGGCAGUGAGCAGGGCUUCGUUGAACCACCGUGGAAAAACGAGAUAGCCAAUGGGGAAUCGUCAAAUCGGCUGUCGCGAAACGGUCGUCGAGGAGCCGUUCGAGACUUAUCGAAGAAGAUGCAAUUCGGCUUUUACGAAAUGAUCCGUCCAAGGUCGACCUCUGGAGAUCCUUUGAAGGCCAACGAGAUGCGAGGUUGACGAUGGAAGGAAAGAAAGAGACGAUCCUCACGGUCAGCCAAGUCGGCGAAUUCUCUUUCUUUUUUCCCAUCUUUUUUUUUUCGAGUGUCACCGGGCCCGUUACCUUGAGACGUCUCGAUUUUUUCGCUCGCAAGCUAUAUAACAGUGCGAAACGACUUUUCUUGUAUUCGCCACGAUCGUUAAUUGCAAAUUUAUAUCUUCCUGAAUUCGUGUACGAUGUAUUAGUCGUGUGCCAAAGCCGUUCGAGGAGAUAAGAGACAUCAACAUCUUAACACAUUGUCAACCGACCGUGGGAGUUUUCACCAUGUCACCGCGAUAAUGUGCAAUUGUGCAUUUAUGAACAUACAGGAUAAGUGUAAAUAAAUGCGCUUAUCCUCGGUGUAUGGAACCUAAAUUCAACACAGAGGAGAUUGCUGUACCUCUGAACGAUUUUUAGAUUUUUUUUUGGCAAGGAUUAGUCUGUUUAUAAUCGCCCCAUAAAGUGCACAUAAAACGUACUAUCCUUCCUCCACAAUAUGAGGCAUUAUGCUCGAGCUUUGCGUACCAGACUAUCGGAAUUUUACUGAACUCGUAUUUCCUCUACUAGUGACUUCAAAUUUUAUUUCUGAGACAAAAUGAUAUGGGAUCAGUACCGAUAAAUAUAUACGCUAUACUAUUUAAGUAUCGAACCGUAUAUAAUGCAUUUUUUAGAAAAGAAUGUUAUGGAAUGGUACACAUAUUGGUAAAAAUAUGUGCACACUGCAUUGAUAAACUAUCAAUUAAAACAAACGAUUCGAAAGAAUAACAAUUCAACAUACAAUAAUAUAACCAUAGAAAUGAAAUAUAUUAAACGGCUGGUUUGAUUUUUUUUGUAAAGUAUCACUUGAUAAUCUACACGUGGUACACCGCAAUAUUAACUUAUUUGUAGAUUGUUUAAAUUCCUGUUUUUGGUGUUUAAAACAAUUCCUCUACAUUGAUUUUAUGUGAAAACAUCAUUAAUUUUUGUUUUAUUGUUAGUUAUUUCUUUACAACUUGUGCUAGUGAACAUUUGGUAAAUUCUAUUAUAAGACAAUAUAACAAUUCAUAUAGUGUAUAUUUCUAUCGAUCAGGAUUCCAUAGCACUUAUAUUAAAAGAAUGUAAACAAUCCUAAGUCUUCAGUUGAGGUAAAAUAGUUCUGUAAUUCAUUACGUACAUAUUAAACUCAAACUAAAUUCAAAUCGAAGACGAUUUUCAAACUCGAUUUUCUUGAAAACUAAGCUUUAAAUGAAAGAAUAUUAUUUCAUAUUUUGUUCUUAUUUUUUUAUAAGAAAUCCAUUGUUGUUCCACACCAUUUGUUAAUCAAAAGGUAUGAUUAUGAAAUGGAAUAGAUGUAAUAAAUUAAAUAUACACAUGAUUCAGCUAAAAAUUACAACGAUUUAAGUUCUUAAAGCUUGUUGUCUGUGAAUAACAACUUUAUUGUACGUUAUUAUUGACUAGAAUUAACGGCACUGGUUGUUUCGAAUCGUUUAAACCUAUUAUAACGUAUACCGUACAGCACUCUCCCCUAUUUAUGAUCACUUAUGUUGCUAGUCUCAUGUGGACUCUUUUAGUCUCUUUCAGGAGCUAAUUAUAUUGUAAAAAUUUAAAAAAACUUCAUAUUUGAAUGAUUCCACAAAAAUUUAAUUAGUGUUACUUAAAAAUUCAUGUCAAUAGCGGCUAACUUAGAUGACCAUGCUACUUAUAUUUCACGUUAAAAAAACACCAAGAAGGUCUAUAAGAGAUCCCAGGGUUAUUUCAAAAAAUAAUAUAAACCUAUUUAUUAAUUGGAUGACGGAUUAAUCAACGUCAUUUAUUAAACUAACUUCGGAAUAACAAUAUUUAUAGAAGCAAACGUGUGUAAAUUCUCCCUUGCUUCGUGAAAAAGUAACUGAAAACACUGGUACUUGAUUUAUCAAGUACAAUGAGAGGCCUUUAUGAGAUAACCAUGUCGGGGUCCCCGAUAGACUCCGCGUGGUCAUCUAAGUUUACAGCCGUAUUGUUGCAUAAAAUUCACAAAAUGCACAGUUGGCAAAGUGUUAAAUGUCCCGACGAGUCUGCCAUUAUCCCGAGCUAAUAAUAAUAUAAAUAUGUCGAUGUUGCUUCGAAUUAUGAACGUUCGGUGGUUCGGUUGGCUUGGAUUCGAAGGAUCUCGAGGUCGACGCCGAUAGAUCGGAUCGCAUCGACGACGGUAACGAUCAGUGCGACGCAAAAGUGUGAGAAACUGUGAUAGAAUUUCGUAUUAGAACCUCGUUGCACAUCGUCCCCCGCGUGACAUCGUGCUAAAUACUUAUUUUUUUCUUUCUUCGUGGUGAUCAUCUUCGAGUCUGCAAGUUGGACAGGAACCGAUGGGGACGUUCAUCCCCAAAAGUGACCGUAAAGAGGUAUACCGUAAGGAUGCCGGGCAAUCGAAUAGAAAUGAUACCGAGGAUAGCUGCCCAAUAUAAGGGGAGGGGGGAAAAACGACGUAGAAAUGAUCGCCGGAAUGAAAACCCGGUUUGUUCGACGCGAUUUAACCAUUAAACAAAGGUUCGAGACCUUACGAUCCGCUGGAAUUUAAGAACAGUUGAAUGCCUUCGCUGCCAUUGAAUAAUUAUAAUUCUAUAAUCAAGGAUACUGCGGUCCUAAGCUAAAAAGGGGAUUUCGACGGCAUGUUUCCUUAAAUUUUGCGCUUAAAUCGGCCAAGUUUCUUUUUCAUUUUCGAUAUACAUAUAAACAGAAAACUGAGUACUACUUAUGGCUCUUUUUUUUUAAUUGAAUACUAUAUUUAACAGUGUAAACUUGUGUAUGGUUUAUCAAUUUAUUUGUAGAUUACAUAACAUUAUUUUUCUAAAAUUAUAAUAUAAAUAUUUGGUAUUGUUGUUUUUUUUUUUUUUGGACGGAUACUGUGAUUUAAAGAUUUGAGUUCGUAGAGUGGUCUGAAACGAGAAUACAAAGAAGAUUUUUAAUUAGUAUGCGUAUUGCUAUUGUAGAGAUUACGAGAAAUUAUUAAUAUUGAGAAUUUUACAAAAUGGUGCAUGUUGAAAUGUAAAUAUCGAAAUUGUAUAUGUUUCUUUGAGCAAUUCUUAAAAAUUGUAUGAUAAACUCGAUAUAAAAACGUAAUUUUGAUCUCGACCAAAGUCAUUGGUAUGUAAAAGAACAUGUUAAAAUUUCAAUUGAGUGAUGUACCAGCUGAUAAAUCAGGUCGAUUCGAGAAAAACCGGUUUAAAGUUACUUGUACCUAUAGGCGAAAAACAGCUUAACAACUACAAAAGCUAAAAUACUUGAAAUUUGUUCACCAAAAUUUCACAAUAUAUUUUCAAAUAUAUCAAAUUUCGAGAAAUAGAAUUUUUUCAAUCAAUUUUUUGAAUGUAUUACAUUGGAAUGAUCCAUUAAUUUCUUUAGCAUUUCUAUGUACUUAACGAAUAACUCUUACUGGAUGCCAAUAUUUUUAGACUGUACAUAAAAAAUGUUGUAGCUAUAAGAAGUUUGAAGGGAUAUUAUAUAUUUUUUCUUGAACGAACAUGACCUUUCUCAUUCUUUUUACAACAAAUAAACUAUUAACGCAACAUUCUGUACACUAAAAGUUACUAUGACACGUUCGAUACGGUAAAAACGACAAUGUCACGUAGGAAAUGACGUACGUCCGUUAAAGAUUAGUGCAAGUUUAUUUCGAUACGGAAACGUGUAAAAUAAAAUACUAGUUAUCCUACUGGAAAACUAUAAAACUUGGAAAAAAGCAAGACACCCCGUUUUGGCUCAGGACGGCUGUAUAUAAUGUUGAUGAAUUAAAUAUCAGAAACACGAAAAAGAAAGACACACGGAAACUCUAAUCAGAAUACGAGGGAUAAUAUCGGUACUUGGCAUUAAUAAUGUGCUAUCCGUCAUAACACUGAAUUAACGCCAUCAAUCAAAUCAAAUCAAUCAAAUUUUAAUUAAAUAUAAAUACUUGGAAAGAAAAGAGCACACACAAUUUUAAAGAGCGACGCCACAAAGAUGUCUUCGAGUUGCUAGUCGUCCAUAUUAAAUAAAGCUCUCGAAGCCCAAAGGGUUAAAUUCAUCCUACGAUUAGAAUAGAGUAUCGUUCUUUAAAAAUGCAAAUUUUCAAAUGCUUAUCCAUUAAAGGUUAAUUCUUUAAACCGUAUCACUAUUAGUGCGAAGAAGCGAUAUGUACCACGUAAUAUCGAUGGCAGUAGAAGUGCUAAUGAAACUGUAAUAUUUAUUAACGACUAUUGUCUGCUCGCAUAACAAUUAAUCCUAUCAUCGUUUACACGUUCCUUUAACACCGAUAUCGUAACUCGAAGCCUAUUCGUCAAACAUCUCAGAGUUAUAAUAUCGGUGUUAUCAUUUCUUCUUCAUUUUGUCGUGUAAACGUACUCCAUGAUCGCUCCAUGAUCAGCAGAUUCGUAAGGAAAUCUUAAUUUAGCGUUUAAAUCGAGUAGAAAGACACUUAAGCCCAUACGAAGAUACGGACUUCGAAGAGUAACGCGUACCUUAGACAUAUACAUGUAUACAUAUAUCUAUAUAUUAAUAUAUACGUAUAUUAACAUGUUAAUGAUCAAUACAGUGGAUAUUGAUCAUGAAUGUGAUAAUAUAAUUGUUGCUGUAUCAUCUCGAGAACAGGGACCAGAGACAUCGACUCAAGUUACCAGAUCCCGCAGACGCGCGGGUACAACGCAUCGACUAGCUUCGCGCAAUUGAUAUGCAAAACUUGCGCAUCCCUUCUUCGGCAACAGAGGAGACGAUGCAUUUAACCCUUUGCUCUCGUCGAGAUUUUUGCCAAGACGAACCAGCAACUCCAGACGGUUUCGCGAAUAUUUGACGAGGUCGAACGAAACAUUCGCGGAAAAAUUGAAAUUCGCCUCCUUCUGCGUCAUUACCGAAAACCACAUUGUAGUGCCACCAUGAAAAUUGUUUUCAUGCAUACCGUACAAAGAAACGAUACUUAUUUUGAUAGUAUAGUACUGCGAGACGAAUAUCAAAUUUUUAUGAUCUAAUAAAAAAGCUAAGAACCACUGGUAAUUGCACAUUAAAAAGUGUAAAUUAUAAUGUAAAGAAAUAAUUUACCCCUUUCCUCAAAAUUUCUUCAAAAGAUUUCGACUGUUGAAAGAGUCAUAACAGCUUUUUCGAUUGAAAGAAAUGACAGGAAAUUGCUCCGAAGCCGGUGUUAAUAUUAAUACUGAUUUUUUAUACAAAUAACUUCGACUUGUAACAAUUUCAAAUCAAAUUCAUGUUCGCUCACUUCGAGAAAAAAAAUACAUGAAGAAGUUUGGGAACCUAUUCGUGAAAUGAUGUCGCUAUCAACGUUUACAGAUUCAACGAAAUCUAACGCAAAGAAAGAUCGUCGCCUCCCAGUCGCCACUCGAGUUGCCACGUGAAACCUAGCGGCGACUAAGAGUCGCCUCUCGAGCGCAAAGGGUUAAUAGAACGUGGGCACGGUGCACACUGCACAGCCGAUGCGCGAAGCUGGACGUGUACAAAUAUCAUUUUCGUUUUACUUGUGAGUUUUUUUCUACUUUUAUCACGUUGCUCUAUAAACGCUUCUCUGUUUUCUUCAUUCUUAAUUCGCUUUCUUUCGACGCCCCGUGGUUGUUUCGAAAGCUCGCGAGUCAAUGAUGGGCAAAAUUAUUCAACUAGAUGAAAAUUUCGAAUAACGAAUAAACGAUAAACCACUGCUUAUUUGUUAUUCGUCAAACAGAAAUUAGAAUGUAGAUUUCAGAUUGAAAUAUAUCUUAAUGAGCGAAUAAAAAUUUAAUUUCAUAUGAUGCGAUGUGCUUGUAUACGAAUUAGAAUACAGUAAAUCCUGUGUAAGAGGCGCACGUACGGGACGUGUCUCUCACAUGGUGAAGGAUUCGAUUCGAUUUUCUUCCUUCGAAGCAAGCAGUACCAAGAAUUGGUGUGGAUAACCAGGCAUCUUUUAGACAGGAUUCACUAUACAGGAUGGCCCAAGUAAAUGGAACAGGAUAUAACUUCGUUAUCAGUAGAUUUACAGAAAAAUGUCAAAGGGAAAAGACGAAUGGUUAAAAAUGUACUUUAUUUGUAGGACAUGUUUUCUUUUAUAAAUGCAAUGAUGCAUGUGCAGUCGAUAGUUAUACUAUUUUUUAAAAAUAAAAACGCAUAUUUUUUUACAUAGGUUGAUUCCUCUCAUCAUUUUACAUAAAAAAAGUAUUAGAAUAAAGUGGUUAAUAAAUGAUUAGUUUACGAGAUACUUUAAACAAUUGUCUGUAAUGAAAAAUAUGUUCGUUAUAGCUUGUUACACUUACCUGGGCCAUCCUUAAUAUAGUUUUCUAAGAUCUUAACAAGCAAUUGUCGAUAUUUUCGAACAUGGAACCAAAAACGUUUAACAAUUGUUUUUUGAAACCUUGGGAAACCACGUAAAAUUUUCAUUAGUUAAUCUAAUAAACGACACGAAUAAGUUUCUAUGUUAGUUGUAUUUUUUAUAUAUUAUCCGAUUACAAUUUUGCCUGUCUUUGUCGAGAGCUCGUCGAACGCUUUGUCGCGGCGAAUUUUGUACGGGGUUCAAGCCCGAAAAUCGCUCCCUUCCGAUUUUGUUCGCACGCAUGUCUGGUAUUUGCGUGCUGAUACUACUGAUCGUACAUGCAGCACUGUUCAAAAGUUUCGAUAUGUGUAUUAACUAACUCGUAUUCACCGCACCUUUCUCAAUAGACAUCAGUUUCAAUCAAUUUAUAUUGUCAUUGCAAUGUCCACGAGAUGUUUUUUUUUUAAGAACUGUUCUUUAAGGUCGAUAAUGCAAGGGCAACUGUGCGUUAAAGAAAGAAGUAAUAUUCAUCGCACGUAGGCGCGAGCACGUUAAGAUUAACACAAUGACUGCAAACCCGAUUUCAUAAAAGUUUCCUAAAGAAAAUGAAGAAGUUUUUUCUUCGUAAUUACGUUUUAUAACCAAGUACGUUUAUUUUUAUAUAGAAAACUGAAGUUAAUGUUUGUGAUUAGAAAAACUAAAAUAAAUAAGAAUUUAGUCAGCACAGUAAUAUUAUUGUUUAAAGUAAAUGUUUCAACGUUGGGUCCACUUUGACAUAAAUGAGUACAUUUAUUAAAAAUUAAUGAAACAUCAACUUACUUUUAUACUUUAAGUAGUGGCAAUCAACGCUUUUGCUUAUGGUUAUUCCAUCGUGACAACUUUAUAACGGAAGACGAAAUAAGAAAAAUAUUUUGUAUAAAAGAAUGUUUGUCUUCUCUGAUAUCCUUCUUUAAUUUCUCUAACCUUUUCCACUUUAUUAUUCUUUACUUUCUUCCUUCAUUUUUCAGGUAUUUCUUGUCGACUUAUUGAAUUGCUUUCCUCUAUUUAUUCCGUUUAUUAGUAUCGUACUCAUAUUUAUAACUAGUUGUUCGCCAAACAAGGCGAUGAUUAUAAAAAAUGAAUAUAAUUAUUAUUCAAUUCACGUUAAUAUUAAACUUCACAUUUUAUUUACAUUAUUUAAUUCGCAAGAAUUCAUGAAAUUUUCCUAUACAUCUAAUUUGAAUUAUUCAUCUCUGGAUGAACCUAUGUUUGCAUAGUUACGUUAAAUCUUUCUAUAAUAUAUAAAAAGUUUCAACCUAUGACUUCACCGUUUUAAUGCAAGCUAUCAUUUAUUUAAAUCUUCACAUCUAUAACCUAUUCCUCCUCCUGAUUGAUAAUAAUCAUUGUAUAAAUUUUCUUUGUAAAUAUGUAUUCAUUUAUUCCAAAGACCUAAACUUAAAAUGCAAUUGUUUACUGUAAAUAAUACCAUGCUUGUACUGACAAACUUCUCCAUUUUUACACAUACAUAUGCGUGGCGUAGGACAGAGUUAUUAAGAAAAAAUUCAUAACUUUUGUAACUGCAAAGUACAAAUAACAGAGAUUAUUAUAGGCGACACACAUACGCAUAAUAAUGAUUUAUUAAUAGAUAAAAUUGCAUUAAUUGUCAUUCUCCACGUGACAUUCUCAUUUUCACGUCACUUGACAUUCAUGUGGCUUAUUUAUUCACUAUUAUUUUCUUCGAUCUAUUCUGUAACAGUUCCUAAAAAUAUUGUUCUUAUUCCCAACAAUGUAUUCUAGUAACUCACUACGUCGUAUAAAAAGAUUGUCCCUGCAGUACUUUUUUUUCUUAAUAUUCAUCAAAGUCGUAAGAAACUACGGUGAUGCGUCAAUUAUGCAUUAAUAAAUAACCUUAGUAUUUUAUUUUGAUUAAAAACUGAAUUAAAAAAGAAUAAAAAUAUCAUAACAGACACUGGAAACUAAAGAACUUUAAAGAUAGAAAUGGCUGAAAUUUUGUCUGUAUAAUUUGAUAAAAUUGUUCUAUAACUUA